ACGUACGCCUAAAUCAUGCUGCCCAAAGCAAAGCGAAGUUGGAGAGCAUUUUGAUUUUUUGAGUUCCCAGGCAGAACUAAGAACUAAGAAGUAGUAGCAUUCUCCAUGGACAAGUUGAAUCUUUCUCAACUGGGCGAGAAGCUCAUGACGAGUGGGGCCCAAAUGGGGCGAAUCAUGAGCGUCAAGAUGAAGGAGGUGAAGGAGAUGCUCCAGGCACCCACACCCGAAUCCAAGAUGGUCGAAGACGCCACCUCCGAAACCCUAUCGGACCCUAAUUGGGGCACUAACCUCAGGAUCUGUGCCAUGAUCAAUUCCGACCAACUCAACGGCUCUGAGGUUGUUAGGGCCAUCAAGAGGAGACUCUCUCACAAGAACCCACUCGUUCACUCACUCACCCUUGACCUUCUCGAAGCUUCCGCCAUGAACUGCGACAAAGUCUUCUCCGAGAUCGCAUCCGAGAAGCUUCUCGAUGAAAUGAUCUCCAAGCUCCUUGAUAACCCUCACGCUGAUCCCAAUGUUCGUCGGAGGGCGUUUCACCUCAUUAGGGCUUGGGGCCAGUCUCAGGAUCUCGCUUAUCUCCCUGUCUUUCGUCAAACUUACAUGAGUUUGCAAGAAAGGGCUGAAUCAGUUGAUGUAGGAGGAGGAAGUUCGCCCGGUGUUCCUCACAAUUUAGGGUCUUAUCUUCAACAACAGGGAUUAGACCCUCCUUCAAGCUACCCUGUUCCCGAAGCUGGACUAGUUUCUAUGGAUGACUUGGCUUUUUCUUCCGGUCUCCAACACAUGUCAGCUGAAGAGAAGAAAGAGCUUCUUGUAGUUGCACGAAACAGUCUUGAAUUGCUAUCUAGCAUAAUAAAUUCUGAGGCAGAGCCCAAAACCUUGAAGGAAGAUUUAACUCUCAGUUUGCUGGACAAGUGCAAGCACUCACUUUCUAUCAUGAAGGAAAUUGCGGAAAGCACCACAGAUGAUGAAGAGACACUUUUUGAGGCUUUGUAUCUUAAUGAUGAGCUGCAGCAGAUAGUUUCCAAGUACGAGGAGUUGGAGGCUGCUCAACGGUCUGUGGCACAAGAGACUCCAAAUGCUGACACUGCAAAGCAUGAUGCGGAAGCUGUUCAAAAUCCUAUUGAACUUCCUAAAAGAUUUGAAGAGGAUGAGUCCGAAGAGUUCGAAGCUGCUCAGGAACUUGAAAGAAAGCUUCCCAAAAAGUCCAACGGUGUUGAAGCCAAUGCAACCAAUGGGGAUGGUCAUCAUGUUGAAACCACAAUACUAGAUGAGGCAGAUGAGAAGGGCAACGCCGAAUCUAGCCUCAAGAGCAAUAGAGAGUGAGUAAAGUAAAAGGUGGCAUGUUUCUUCUAACAUCAUGUUUUAUCUAUGUUCAUAAGUCAUAACCUAUGUAAUCACCAAGGCUAUUAACUUGGUGGUUUCUUGACUUCCUAUAUGUAUCUAGUAGGAAUUUCACCAAGAGAUUAUGAUAUUUAUUCCUUGUAAGAUCAUGCUAGUUUCUCA